AUGAAUCUCAUUAAAAUCAUAAAAUCUAUUAGAAAAGUUUUUAAAGAAAAACUUCACCAUUUUUUCCUCCGCCUUUCAUGUCGUCAGAGGAAUGCUUUGACUGCUGUUGUUUUGACCAUUGCUUGUUGUUUCUCGUUGGCGAUUGUAAACGAUGAGGAGGGGGUGAGAAUAAAAANCUCCCAUCAACGCAGCAGGAAGUGGCACUCAAUAGGACGUGAGUGCCAAGAAACGAUCUUCAAUCUUCACAACGGAGUGAAGAACAGCACAUCGAUAGAUUUGCAUAAUCUAUCGGUGAAAUUUGCAUUGACUAAAGUAGAAGAAAAAGUCAAUGCAAAUAAAAAUGAUUACAAAUUUCUCAACUUGAUUGUUGGGAAAGGUAAUCACAGUCUUGAUGAGCCUGUCAUCAAGAACGCGGUUUUAUGUUAUGCUCAAAAGCAUAACAUAAAACACCAAAUAAAUAAAAAUAAUACAGGAAUAAUUACUUUUAAUUUUUCCUGA